AGUUGUCGUUGCCGUCGCCGUUUAGCAUUGCUCGAUUUUGUACUUCGUUCUAGUAAAUUAUAAGUAUAUUAACGAGAGCUUCGCUUUUAGCCCUGGCUAAAUCUAUAUAUUAUUAAAGUUUGAGUAUGAUGGCCGAGUGAACCAUUUGGUUUUCUAGUUGGCCACCGUAACACCAAUUACGUUUGCAAACACCCUCACUUUCAAAACGAGGCUUAGUGCAAAACCUUUCUUGUGAUAAUGAGUUUCAUUUACAAAAAGUUAUUUUCAUGUCAAUGGCUUCGCACUUGGGAAGCUUCAGAAAAUAUGGGGCAGGGACGUAGCAAGCCUUUUGACUAGUUGUAGGCCUGGCUGAAUUUCAUGUGAUUUGAGAAGAUGCGUUUUUUUUCCUACUCUUUAAGUCCGCUCAGUGCGCUGAUUUUGAUUAACUUUAGCGAGUUGUUCUCCCACCAAGUAAAAUUUUAUAGUUUUAUGUUUAUACACAAGAUUUCCACCCAGUUAGCUUAUGUAAAUGUAAGCACUCCAAUUUUUUAAAAGGUCAUUUCCGAGUUGCCUGAAGCCUCUGUUUCAAAGCGAGGCUAAGUGCAAAACCAUUUAUAUGAAAAUGGUUUUUAUUCUCAUGCAAAAGAGUUCUCAUGCACAUAGGGCCUGUUUACAUGGAGGUGGGGGACCCCAGGUAGGUGAGGUAACCCGCCUGUCCAUAUAACCUCUCGUUUUAAUUUGAUCGCGUUUACAUGAUAGGUGGGGUGACCCGCCAAGGCGGGUAGCCCGAUCUGCCAUACCGGGUAACUCUCUCAGCAGGGGUCAAAUUUUGCCAUGUAAACGUUCAAGGUGGGGUAACCCGCCUAACCAGGGUCGAUUCGUGAAGAAUCAAAUCCGUGCAAAAUUCACUUUGGCGAUGGUUUUGCAUCAUUAUUGAAGGUUACAAUAGAAAGCCACAGCACUGAAGGUUGCAGCAGGAGCAGCAAGUUGAGUGUAGAAGAGCAUUAAUCGCCAAAACAAGUGGUUUACCAGCAUUUUUCUUGUUUGCGUGCUUAGCGCCCAUUCAAUAAUCUUGAGAAAGUACACCCCGGGAUGGCGAAGUUGUAAGAUUGCAAUUAAAAGAAGGUCAUUUUUCUAACCCACCUAAGCGGGUUACCUCACCUACCUGGUGUUCCCCACCUCCACGUAAACAGGCCUUUAGAAAUGCUUUUUAAAGUGAGAAUUUUUGAAACUCGGAAAUGGCCUAUUACUAUCUUGAAACCUGGAACGGGCUUUGGGUUUAAUUAACAACCAGCGCUUACUAUGUUCUGACUAUCAUGCGGAGGAUUAUGAUCGCAGGCCCCUCUUGGUCGCCCUUGGCCACUUAAGUAGGCAUAGCUACAUAAUUCUCGAAAUAUGGCCCAAAAUUCUUUCCGGAAUUUCCCGAAAAAAGCUUUAGAAAUGUUUAAAAUUCUCAAAAAAUUCUCAAAAAAUUUCUUCCUUUUAUAGCGUGGGCCCCUUUUGGUGAAUAACCGCUGAUAAGUUAUAGUGUAGACGACUCUGAUGAAAAACCGCUGAUUUGUUGUGCUCAGUAGACAACAAAAGACGUUUUGUGAACGUUUUUGCCGUGAUAUGUCGCCAAAAUGUCGGGUGAAUGUUCAAAUUGCUCUAAUAUUCUCGAUUUUUUCCCUAAAAUUCCCGCGAUUUUCUAAACUUCUUAACGAUGUCUACAACUCCCCAGAAAAAUUCCGGAAUUAUGUAGCUAAGCCUACACUUAAGCAACAUUAUAGUAACAAAAGAGAGCCAAAAACUGAGAAUAAAACUUUGUCUGACAAAACAAAUCAGUACCUGAGGAACAGUGAUCAAAAUGGCAUUGAAUAUUGUGGAUAGAAAAUAGAUGGUCUGAAUUGCCUUAUUUCACAUUCGAAUAUUUGACUGUGCUUUCGUCAGCUUGAAACAAACUGACGUAGGCUGUAAGUGUUAAUAAAAACCUUCAAAGGUCUUUAAAAAGUCGAAUCAAAAUGAUCAUCAGGUGAUUAGUCGCAAAGGUAGGAAUUGUUUUUAUAAUGUUUCAGUAUAUAAACACCAAUCAAAUACCAGGUGAGCUUUCGCGCGAAAACUUGAUAUCUUCACAUGUGAAAAUAACAGGGACUGUGCAAUAAUUAUCAGGAGGGAGCGAGGGGCUGAAAAACUACAGGGGCCCGGGCAUUACAUAAAAUUGCUGCCAAGAUAAGGGGGCUCAAAGUAAAAUCAUUCAUUUGACGGAGGGGGGGCCCUAAGUUUUAUUUGAAAUGUAAAUAAAAUUAAACGCAAUAAAAGAUUCUCAAUACAGGCAUCAUGAUAGACUGUAACAAAUAUCAAUACGAACAGCUGUUGUUUUAGAGCUAACAGACAAAGGACCAGGAGAGGGAGUACACAACGUUGAAGUUCAAGACCUUUUUGUACUAGUUUGUAAGGCUCUUGAGUCCGACCAUCGUAUUCGUUUACACAGAGCACCACAUGACUCAGCACAGAACGAGGCUGAGAGGACUAAUGCCGCCAUUGGUGAAGCCCUGGCAACUGGUAAGCCAGUUGAACCACCAAUAGAUCCAUUUCACGGUCUCACAGCUGAACAAAUGGAUAACAUGACUUAAAGAGAGAUUGAAGAGCAUUGUGCAUCAUGGAAAGUAGAAAAUACAUGGAAUCUAACUAGAGAGGUGUCAGAUCGAAUCCACGACGAGCCAGGGCCUGAGAAACACGAUUUUCUUAUUUCUGUCCCCAGUUACCCUAGGGAGAAGCAGAUAAUACGGUUUCUUGCCAAAUAUCUCGUUCAGUGGAGGAGGGCAUCUGCUGAUAAACGUGAAAAGAUGUGCGGAAAUGCUAUGUGCUUGAAGCUUCAGAAGCUAAAGGAAGAUCAUGUACGACGAGGGCACUACUUCUUAGAAUACCUGAAGUUUUUUUGUGAGCCCACAUGUAAAUCGUGUGAAAAGGAAGAGUGGACAGCUGGUGUCCCUGCAAAUUGGUUCCCUGUUCCUGAUCUUAGUGAUACAGCAGCCUUACCACGCGGGUAUAUUCCAUCCAAUGUGACCAGUCUGAGUGAUGAAAUCGAUCGACAACUUCCAAGUGUGCAAGUGAAGAAGUUAGUCGAUUCUGGUAUGUUAACCUCUUCCAACGCCAAAGAAAUGCAGGAGGUGUGCGAGAAGUUGAUGGUUGAUGAAAUCACUCUCAAAAGUUUUGUUCAACAUCGUGAGUUUCUUGCAUUGAAAGCUCAAAAAAGGGAAGCUGAACGCAGUACCCUUCCAGACAUUAACUGGAAAGAAGAAAAUGAAGUCAAAUCCCUCACAGCAAGACAAAUUAAGAUCUGCCUUAAGCAGAACAAUCUUCAUGUAUCUGGAAGUAAAGCUGCGCUGGUAGCACGUGCUCUUGAUUUCUCGCAUACUGGAACACGAAACAACGAAAGAAAUAGCGCCAAUGACAGUGACACAGAACUCCUAUCCCGUGAUUCCGAAUACGACUCUGAUUCUCACACAAGUACUUCCCAAAACAACUCUGAUUUGGAUGACUCCGAAACGGAUGGCUUUGUUGAUAUGAGGUACUAUUUGUUCCAGACGACGACAUCCAACAAGUAAGCGUUCGUUUACAGUAGCAUAACAAUAUAAAAGGUAUUUACUUAAAGGCAUCUAUGGUAAUGGUGGCAGUGAGGGGUGGGUGUGUGUGUGUGGGUGGGUGGGUGGUGCGAGGUUAUUUUUAACAUAACAGAGGGGAGUUAGAACUAAUUUUUUUUUGUUUUGGAGGGGGGUACUGUCUAAGUUUUUGCUAAAUAAUUCUAGUUUUUCAGCCCCCCCUCCUGAUAAUUACUGCACAGUCCCUUAUCUACACAUGUGAAAAUAUCACCUUUGCUAUGGCUACAUAAUAAAUCGCGCCUUUCACACCAAAAAACUAUGAAGGUGAAAUGGUUUGGUAUUUCGUGUUGAAAAAAUAUUUCACUCGUUCGCUGCGCCCACUCGUGAAAUAUUUUUCAACACUCGAAGAGAAAUUUCGUAUCCCCAAGCGGCCAUGUAAUAUCCUCUAUUUAGCUUUGUUAAAUACUAUCUUUAACUUUACCUCAGUGUUGGUAAACAAAAUCCAAUAUAUUCUUAAUAUAUUACCGUGAGAUUGAUGCGCAGUUAAAAACGGCUAUUUUUGUUCAAAUUACAUAGAUAUGACGUUAAGCAAAGUAAAGAAUGACCAGAAAAUGUAAAACGAAAAAAAUAGUGAAGAUAACUAAGUGGCUAUAAAGAGUUUUGUUUUUCACCAACUACAAAGGACUGAACAAUUACUGAGCAGAGAGCAGUGGACCUAAUUUUAUUCGUUCGAGAUUGUUGUAAUGAAUUUUCUUUUAAUAGUUGUGAGACAGAUUUUACGCUAUUGACAAGACUAUGUACGAUUAA